CACUUAUAACCUUAGAUAAGGCACUUAUUUUACUCUCUGGCUUUGGAUAGCCAUGGCUGAAGCUUCAAGAGUUCUGCAGACCACUCUCAUUCCCAGCUUCCAUCCACAACACAAAAGUCCCAUAUUUCAGUCACUCCCAUUGAAUUUCCGCAGAAACCCAAUUCAGUGCACAGUCUCCACAAGUAACAGCACCAAAGCCACAGUGCCCCAGAAAAUCCCAUGGGGCUGUGAAAGUGAUUCUUUGGAAAACGCUUCUGCCCUGCAGAAAUGGCUGACUGACUCGGGCCUUCCACCCCAGAAAAUGGCCCUGAAAAAAGUGGAAGUUGGGGAGAGAGGACUGGUUGCUUUGAAGAAUAUAAGGAAGGGGGAGAAGCUGCUCUUUGUGCCUCCCUCUCUGUUUAUCACUGCAGACUCAGAGUGGACUUGUGGGGAGGCUGGUAAGGUGUUGAAGCAAAAUGGUGUGCCUGACUGGCCAUUUCUUGCCACCUAUCUGAUUAGUGAAGCAAGCUCCCUUGAAUCUUCUAGAUGGAGCAACUAUAUUUCUGCCUUACCAAGACAGCCUUAUUCACUUCUGUAUUGGACUCGCGAAGAACUUGAUCGGUAUUUGGAAGCAUCACAAAUUAGACAACGGGCAAUUGAAAGAGUUACUAAUGUUGUUGGAACAUACAAUGAUUUAAGGCUUAGAAUAUUCUCCAAGUAUCCUGCUUUAUUUCCUGAAGAGGUAUUCAACAUAGAAACCUUCAAAUGGUCAUUUGGAAUUCUUUUCUCACGCUUGGUUCGGUUACCCUCGUUGGGUGGAAAGGUUGCCUUGGUUCCUUGGGCAGAUAUGCUGAACCAUAGUUGUGAGGUAGACGCAUUUUUGGAUUACGAUAAAUCAUCACAGGGAGUUGUCUUUUCAACAGAUGGGACAGUUGUGAAGUUAGCCUAUCAAAGUAUAACAAAUUCUUACAGGCAAGUGGAUCAAUGGAUUUGGAUGUGACAUCUCCGAAGCAAUUAAACCGAAGAAACCCAAAUUCAGUGCUCAGUCUCCACAUGUGACAGCACCAAAAACAGAGUGACCCGGAAGAUCCAUGGGCCUGUGACAUUGAUUCCUUGUAAAAACGCUUCUCCAUUGCAGAAAUGGCUGAUUGUGUCAGGUCGUCCACUCCAGAAAAUAGCCAUAUACAAAGUUGAAGAGGGGGAGAGAGGACUUUUGCUGUGCCUCCUAUUUUUAUUUAUUUAUAUUUUUACUUUUGAUCACUGCAGAAUCAGUAAGAUUUUCUUCAGAAAAUUUGUUGGAGAGUUACUCACUUUCUUUUUCUCUUAAUUAGAAAAAUGAUUUGGCAACCAGUAAUUAUGUGCACCUGUAUUGGAAUUGGGCACUACCAAGUUCAUUUUCACUCUUACCAAGUUCACUUUCCAAGGAAGCACUCUCGUUCAGAACUGGGUCUUCUGGUUUCUCACUAUUUAAGGUACUCUGACAAAUUUGAAGAGGACCCUUUUGAAAUGUAAAGAUUGAAGUUUUACCAUUGUGGGUUCCAGAAAAGAUUGAAACUUUUGAGGUUAUUUUGGAAUGUGAAAUUCUGGGCUUGAGGUUUUGGGUUUGUAAUGAAGUUCUGAAAGUUGGGUUUUUGAGAGGAAGAGAUGGGAAGGUGGAGAAGUUGCAGCAGAUGAGGUUGGCAUUAGCCAACAUGUUGGAAGAUUGAAAGAUUAUAGGAUUUUGAUAUUCCAAUUCAAGCUGUAGAUUUUUAAUAGUGAGCUGAGUCUACCAAAACGGUGUCGUCUUAAAGUUUCAGACCAUGACAAGAAACGUCAUAGCGCGCCUUUAAUAACUGCAAAAACGACCACAAACCAAAUAACCUCAGAUAAGGCACUUCUUUUUACUCUGGCUUUGGAUAGCCAUGGCUGAAGCUUCAAGAGUUCUGCAAACCACUCUCAUUCCCAGUUUCCAUUCACAACACAAACUCUCACAUUUCAAAAUUUCCGUAGAAACCCAAAUUCAGUGCUCAGUCUCCACAUGUGACAGCACCAGAAACAGAGGGACCCAGAAGAUCCAUGGACCUGUGACAUUGAUUCCUUGUAAAACGCUUCUGCUUUGCAGAAAUGGCUGACUGUGUCAGGCCUUCCACACCAGAAAUAGCCAUAUACAAAGUUGAAGAGGGGGAGAGAGGACUUUUGCUGUGCCUCCUAUUUUUAUUUAUUUAUAUUUUUACUUUUGAUCACUGCAGAAUCAGUAAGAUUUUCUUCAGAAAAUUUGUUGGAGUGUUACUCACUUUCUUUUUCUCUUAAUUAGAAAAGUGAUUUGGCAACCAGUAAUUAUGUGCACCUGUAUUGGAAUUGGGCACUACAACACAACAUUUUCUCUCCCUAUGAUGUUUGUGCUUGUGUGUUUUUGAAUGUUGGGAGUGGACU